AUGAAAGUGAGUUAUUUAGUCACUACUGACCAAUCUGUCCCAGUCAUAAGUGAACAAGUUGGAGUGGAUACUGGGAGUACUCUUGAAGACAAUGGGCUUUUAGAAGAAGACUUCACAGUAUAUCCCUUCACCACCCUUCUAGUUCCUCUCCAAAACCCACCAAGUAACCAAUCCAGGAAAGUGCCACCACCACCACCAUCAAUCCCUUCAUCGAAUAAUAGUUCAAGCAAGACAUGGAUAUAUGUUGUAGUUGGACCUCUUGGAGGGUUUUCCCUUACAGUGGUCCUUGGGGCCAUUGUCUUUUGCUUGUUCUUUCAUAAAAAGAAGAAACAUGACUCAAUUGUUGAUUCAGAGGGUUCUGUUUUUCGUGGCACGAUCAAUGGCAAUUUUGCAGCCAUUAAGAAAAUUAAUGGAGAUGUGUCUCAUGAAAUCAAUUUGAUAAGCAAAAUCAACCAUUUCAAUCUUAUUCGCCUCUCAGGCGUUUGUUUCAAUGAUGGGAAUUGGUACCUUGUUUAUGAGUAUGCUGUCAAUGGACCGUUGGGUGACUGGCUCUAUUACAUGGAUGGAGAUCAAAAUUUUUUGAAUUGGAUACAGAGAAUACAGAUUGUCUCGGAUGUUGCCUCAGGGCUUAAUUAUCUCCAUAACUAUGCCUCUCCCGCGUAUGUCCACAAGGAUGUAAAGAGCAGUAAUGUUCUUCUUGAUGUCGAUUUCAGGGCAAAAAUCACGAACUUCAAUCUAGCAAGGUCAACAGAUGGGAAAUAA